AUGCGGUCAGUGGUUACGACACAGCUGGUACGUGCUGUUGGCCUGCACCGGUUACCGCCAUUGAUGCAUCGAUCCAUGAGCCUUUGGCAUCCCCCCAGGUUUGAGAAUGAGAAGACGCUAAACUAUGAGAAGGGGUCCCCUGAGAGAAUCGAAUUGACCCAAGCUCUGCAGAAGCUGAAGCGUAAGGGACAGCUGGAAACUCGGCAAUCCUGCAAACAAGAGAACCCGUCGAGACACCGUGAGAUUGUGGCCGAGUAUGCGACAGCAACCCCAGAGCAGGCGAAUGCUGCCGUCGAUGCUGCCUUGAGGGCCAAACCUGCCUGGGAGGCAAUGCCCUUUGAGGAUCGCGCAUCGAUCUUCCUACGUGCCUCGGAGCUCAUUGUCGGCAAGUAUCGCUCGGAGCUGGUCGCCGCCACCAUGCUGGGCCAGGCAGCCCAAGGUCCAACCGGCCGGCACCUGGAACAAGCUGGAGUACCGUCCCUGGAGGGCUUUGUCUACGCCAUUGCGCCUUUCAACUUCACAGCGCUGGGCGCCACUCUGAUCGGACCCGCCGCGCUGUUGGGCAACGUGGUGAUCUGGAAACCGUCCGAUUCGGCCUUGCAUUCCAGCUGGCUGCUGCACCAGAUCCUCCUGGAAGCGGGACUGCCCAAGGAUGUGAUCCAAUUCCUUCCUGGCGACGCCGAGGAGGUCACCAACACCCUUCUGCAGCGACCUGAGUUCGGGGCGCUGACCUUUAUCGGAUCUACGCAGGUGUUCAAGGGCCUGCAGAAGAAGGUUGGAAACGGGAUCGGCGAUGGCCUCUAUAACUCCUACCCCCGGAUCAUUGGCGAGACCGGCGGCAAAAAUUGGGGAUUGGUGCACCCGUCCGCUAACAUCCGGAACGCGGCCUUGAACACCAUCCGAGCAGCCUUUGAGUACCAGGGACAGAAGUGCUCGGCCAACUCGCGCGUGUACGUAGCGGAGUCCGUCUGGCCUGAGUUCCGACGACACCUGCAGGAGGAGCUGGCCCAGGUCAGCGUCGGUCCCGUCGACGAAUACCGCCAUUUUAUCAAUCCGGUGAUCCAUCGGCGGGCCUUUGACCGGUUAGCCCAAGUGAUCGAGGCCGCAAAACAGGAUCCGGAACUGGAGCUAAUCGCCGGGGGCCAGUCCUCCAACGACGAGGGAUACUACGUUCAUCCGACAGUCUACCGAACAACGAACCCACGACACGAGAUCAUGUCGCGCGAGUUGUUCGGGCCCAUCCUGGGCGUCUACGUGUAUCCUGACGACGAAUGGGAGUCGACUCUGGGGCUGGUGGAUACAACAUCGCGCUAUGCGUUGACGGGCAGCAUCUUCGCCAAGGACAUCUAUGCGUCACGCCAGGCGCAAACGGGCGCUGAAGCACGCAGCGGGCAUGCUCUACAUCAACACCAAAUGCACGGGAUCCAUGGUAGCCCAGCAACCAUUUGGAGCAGUCGAGACUCCGGGACGAACGACAAGACAGGGACGAUGGCGCAUCUCCAGCGCUUCAUCAGUGUACGGACCAUCAAGGAGGACUUUGGCACGCUCGACAGAGUACAAUAUCCAUCCAAUGAAUAA